GAUUGUUAUGUCAGGUGAGUUCGCGUUGCGCGAGGCAUGACUUCCGGUGACGCGGUUGCCUGGCGUCAACCCCUGGCAUCGACGUUUCUGGCGUCCUGGUUGCCUGAGAACCUGGGAUUUUGAAAAGCCACUCAACACAUGCUGUAAUCUUCCUCAUGUUUCAAUCUAUUCCGUGGAAUCACCAAAGUCCCUGAAAGCAGACCGUUUGUAGAAUUGCGACCGGCAUCAUGAGUGGCCGAGGCGACUAUGAGCAACGAGACGGCGAUGAAGAGGAGGAGGAGGAAGAGGGUCUGGAUGAGCAUGACUACAAACAUCAGAAAGAUGCGCUACUCUUCGCGAUCGAGGUCAGCGAUUCAAUGAUGAAGAAGCCGCCUCCGUCAGAUGACAAGAAAGCCGACAAGGACAGCGCACUGUCAGCCGCCCUGAAGUGCGCCUAUCAAGUCAUGCAACAGCGUAUCAUUUCCAGCCCUAAAGAUAUGAUGGGCAUUCUUCUCUUUGGGACGGAGAAGACCAAGUUUCUUGAUGAGAGCAACCUCGGAUAUCCCCACUGCUAUGUCUACACACCCCUGGAUGUGCCGGACGCAGUCGAUGUAAAGAAAUUGCGGAGCUUGGUUGAGGACGAUGAAGACUCGGAGGAAGUUCUGAAGCCGUCGGCCGAGAAAGUCAACUUGAAAGAUGUGCUCUUCUGUGCCAACCAGAUCUUCACCACGAAGGCACCCAACUUUGGGUCUCGCAGGUUGUUUAUCAUCACCGACAAUGAUGAUCCUCACUCCGGCAACAAGAAGGAGAACGAGUCUGCAGCAGUCCGAGCUAAGGAUCUUUACGAUCUUAGUGUCAUCAUCGACCUGUACCCAAUUACUCGUGAGGACGAAAAGUUCGACUUCACCAAGUUCUACGACGAUAUCAUUUACCGAAACCCCGCGGCUGAGGUCACACAGCCCAACCGAGUCAACAGCUCAAAAUCGGGGGAUGGCUUAACGUUACUGCAUGCGCUGGUGUCCAACAUCAAUGGCAAGCAGACGCCAAAGCGCGCGUAUUUUUCAAACUGUCCGUUUGAGAUUGGCCCAGGCUUUCAGAUCUCAGUAAAGGGCUAUAACAUCAUCCAGAAGCAGGUACCCGCAAGAACUUGCUAUGUCUGGCUUGACGGUGAGAAGGCCCAAAUUGCCGUCAGCGAGACAAGUCGCCUCGCCUCGGAUAGUGCCCGAACCGUUGAAACAGGCGAUAUUAAGAAGGCCUACAAAUUCGGUGGCGAAUACGUCUACUUCAGCCCAGAAGAGCAGAAAUCGUUAAAGGACUUCGGUAAUCCCAUUAUCCGGGUCAUCGGUUUCAAAGAUCGAUCCCUGUUGAAAUUCUGGAUGUCGAUUGACAAGUCCAUCUUCAUCUACCCCAGUGAGGAACACUAUAUUGGCUCUACGCGUGUCUUCACAGCAUUGUGGCAGAAGCUGCUAAAAUCAAAGAAGAUUGGCAUCGCCUGGCACAUUGCACGAAAGAACGGAAACCCCAAGCUGGUCGCCAUCAUUCCUUCGAGCGCUCAGAAGAAUGAGGGGACCCCGGGAGAGUAUCUACCAGCUGGCAUGUGGCUCUUCCCGAUCCCGUUCGCCGAUGACGUUCGCGAGCCCCCGGAGACGACCUGCGUCCGAACGACGGAUGAACUGACGGACAAGAUGAAUUUGAUCGUACGGCAACUGCAACUGCCAAGUGCCACUUACAAUCCCGCCAAAUACCCAAACCCAGCUCUGCAGUGGCACUACAAAAUACUCCAGGCCCUAGCUCUUGACGACGAAGUCCCCGAGACACCGGAUGAUGCCACGGUGCCCAAGUACAAGGCCAUCCACAAGCGUUGCGGUGGCUAUAUCGAAGAGUGGUCGAAAGUCGCCGACGAAGCACUGGGACGGCACGAGGAGCACAAGUGCAUCAAGCGGGAAGCAGAGGAUGAUGACGACGAGCCUCGUCCUGCUAAGAAAUCGAGAAUAACUGUGAGUAAGAACGCUAACGGUGAUUCCGGCUCGGCGCUCAACGACGCGGCUCUAAAGAAGCGCAUCAAGGCGGGCGACCUGUCAAAACUGAAGGUUGCCGAGCUGAAGCAUAUCCUCGCCGGCCGCGGGCUAGAUAACAAAGGCUUGAAGGCCGAUCUGGUUGACAGGCUUGAGCAGUGGGGCGAGGACAAUUUGUGAUACUAGCAAGCUGAUGUAUAUGGAUCAUUAUGGGAUUAGUUGGCGUUAAGGAGGUUACUUAGGCAUGCGUGACUAUGGAAACCAUGUGGCAUCAUUUCAUGUUCCAUAGGCCAAUGAUUAGGAGGAACCUUGAUGGGCGGCAUGAUCAGAAUGUGCCCUUGUACGCUAAACCCAUGAUAAGCAUGCCUCUUUUGUGGAGUUGAGUUCGCUCUUCUGCAGUGGCAAUAUUCAAAAUCUGACCAUUUGCUGUCGUGCAACUGGUGUAGGUAGACAAGCCACACGAAUCCAAGUGUUGAUUGUUGGCAACUCAGCGAGAAUUGCGGUCCAACCCGAGAGGAA